AUGGUGAUAUCGUUGAUAUAUGUCCUUUUACUGAUAUGUUCAGUUGUCUCGGAGACCCUUAAACUGCCGAUAAACCCAAAUCGAUUAGAAUUCGAUUUGUGGCCAUAUAAAAAAUGGGAAGUUGACGGCUCGAGUGACGCGUCUAGUUAUCAAACUUGUUUCGAAAUGAAUACGAAUAUUAAGGCCAAGGAUUUACAAUUCCUCAUUGAAAUUGAAGAAUUUACUAAAUGGAAAGUUAAUGUGGAUAGGUUUGGUCCAACUACGAGUUCAAAGGGAAAACAGGUUGUCAACAUGGAUAUUUAUGACGAAGACCAAAAUUUGGUACAGUCAAGACAUGGUUUAGAGAAUGGGGAAACUGUGCUUUACGUGAGCGUAUACGAACAUCAGAAUUUCCAAAUAUGCCUUAUCAACUUUUCAUUAGACUCCUCAUGGAAUGCCAUAGAUAGUGUGAAGCAAGUAGCAAUUAGCAUCACGUCUAAUGAUCUGAUUCAGAAACAGAAGUGGGAUUUGAUUACUGAUGAUGAUCUCAAUUUGUUAUCCCAGGGUAGAGAUGACCUGUUUUCGUUGGUCAGUGCGGAUUCUGGCCAGGAAUUGCAUGCUUUAGAUGUCGAUCAUAGAAAUCUCAACGAAUCAACGUUCUCUUAUCUACUGGCAAAAGUCACAAUAUUAUUCUGCAUCAUUGGAGUAUGUCAUUUGCUGGUAUUUCCAAUCUUACUGUAUAGAAUCGUUAGCAAAGGGCAACCGACCAAGAACAAAAAUAAAAUCAAAAGAUAA